AUGUUCAUCAAGCCAAUAGAAGUGACAUCGCUUCUUGUUCAGUCUAAAUCCACUUGGCAAGACCAUGCUGGAAACACUCAUUUUGUAUUGCAGUCUAAAAAGAAAGAUGCCAACAUCAUGCGCAGUCUGAUUACUGGCAUCUCGUUGGGUGUGGGUGCGGCUGUUGGAGUUGCAUCUUCAAGCCUUCCUACUUCUGCUGCCGGGCCUGGAACGAGUAGCAGCUCAGAUACUGCUUAUAAAAAGUCUUUACUUGAAUACGAGUAUCGCAUCCUUCUUAGAUUCAUUAGUCGCAAAGCCGAGUUUAUUAUUGCUGUUGACCACUCGUUUGAUAAGAUUCAUACUGACUGGAAUUGGGUCGAGCGGAACUUGUUUAUCAAGCUCGCGGAAAUUGACUCGGCCUGUUUAUCUUCCAAACCCAAUACAACUACCGACCAGAUUGAUAAUCUCCUCUACAAACAAUUUGGUGAAAUGACUGAAGAAUACGAAGAUCCACAAGUGGCGGGUGUCAUGGCAAAACUUCUCGACGUCAAAAAUCAACUGACCAAAGUGUUUCCUAGUGCACAGGACGAUGUAUUGUUGAAUUAUUAUGCUUGUACAUAUUGGGCAACAGAGUCUACUUCUGCACGCGGCGAGCUGUGUAUUGGCCGUAACUCAUUGUAUUUUUCUGGAUCACGACAGGCUGGGCAAGGGGAUCAGGAUGCAAGUAUUCCCAGCAAUGUUACCCUUCUUAUUACAUAUAGGGAUGUAAACUCAUUGGAGUUGGUCAAUGCUAAAAGAUUGCUACUACCAGAUACAAUUCAAAUUGGUGUUAAAGAUAAAGUAUUUGUAUUUGCACUUUAUUUUCAUCGAAAGGAGGUUUUUCGAAUUUUGACUAGCUUAUGCAAUGCUGCCAUGAAUCGCCUGAUCAAAGGCGCUGAAAAUUCAAUAUCUGCCUCAUCUGAAAUGUUUUCAAAAAACAAUUCAAACAAUACUGGCGAUCUUGCCAUCACUAGCUCCAAUAAAGGUGGUGGUCUGCUAAUGGGAAGAUCAAGAGAAGUAUUUGGAAUGGACGACAGUUCAGUAGCAAAUACAGCUUCGGCAUCAGAUAUGCUUGGAGUUGGCGAUGGCGAUCUUGGCGAUAUGUUUCAAGAUCAAUCGUUUGCUGAUCUAUCUGGUCAAGUCAAGGGAUCAUCUGCAAUAUCUGAAUCCACCCAGCAGCUUCAUCAAUCAGCUAGUACAUCUGUAAUGCAUUCACAAACUGCCUCAUCACACACUGUUGUUCGAUACUCGCAUAUCAAAACGGCUUUGGUCAAUACUCUUUCCGAUCUUGAUACUCAAAACAAAAACAUGGAGUUUCGUAAUCUUUUUCGCUUGUCCUACCAUGAAACAAUCACAAUGGAAGAAUCACCAUGCUACUACUUUCACAAAUUAACUUCUGUAUCUCAUACUGGCAGCAUGUAUCUAUCGCAGAAUUUUGCCAAUUUUGCUGCCCAUUCGGCUACUUCAUCUCCAUCUAAUGGAAACUCGACAAUAUCUACAUCGAUGCUAUUUGAUACAUCCCAAGAUCCAAAUAUUAUUUUUGUAAUUCCGUAUCCUCACAUUGUAUCCAUCAAGAAGAUGCCUGCUACAGCAAUACCAUUGAUUGGAAAGCUAUUGUCGUUUUCGCUGUCUGGGUAUGUAGUCAUUUCCACAAAAACACGCAGUGAUUUUUGGUUUGCAUUUUCAACUGCAAAAAGCCGGGAUCGAGUAUACGAGACGCUGCUUGCACAAAUCCGUACAGUAGAUUGGAAGUUUGAUGAUGAUGUAGUGGUGGGUGGUAGAAAUAGCUAUAAUCCUAGUAGCAUACCUCCGAAUUCAAAUCCUCUUGGAUCUUUUAGUAACAGCUCUACGGUCAUGUCAGAUCACGCUGUUACAUCACGAAGUAGCUCGUCACUAUCAGUUGCUUCAUCGCCAGUUACAUCACCCAUGCCAAACAUUCACAUGGUUUUAGGAAAUUUGAACGACACGGUCAAUAAGCUACAUCCGCUUAAAACUGGUCUGAAAUUUCUUGUUCCAAAAAUCGAGCGUGGUGGCAAGCCCACGCUUCAAGAUGACAUUCCGCACUAUGUUGCAAAGUGGACAGAUUACUUUGAUACAUAUGGUCGUGAUGUUUGUAUUAUCAAAGACAUGAAAUCUCUUUGUGAUCUUAUUCAAGAAACAAAUGGUGUACCUGAAUGCUUUCGUGGUGAUUUUUGGAUGCUGGUCUCUGGAGCAUGGUAUUCCAAACCCGAAUCCGAGUACUACAAACAGCUUUUAAUUGCUAACCAAUUUCGUGUCAGUCCAUUUGCAGACGAGAUUGAAAAAGACGUGCAUCGAAGUUUGCCUGAGCAUCCUGCUUACCAGUCUCAAUUGGGAAUCGAUGCUUUGAGAAGACUACUGACUGCUUUUUCGUGGAGAAACCCGGCUAUUGGAUAUGCUCAAGCACUAAAUAUUGUUGCCGCAGUACUGUUGCUGCAUUUGCGUGAAGAGGAUGCGUUUUGGAUGCUAUGCAUGAUUGUUGAGAGAAUGCUACCUGAUCACUACACCAAAACUCUUGUUGGUUCUGUUGUUGAUCAGGCGGUUUUUCGUCAGCUUGUUGAAACUCAUCUUCCACUACUCGCAGCACAUCUGGAUAAACUGUACAUGGACUUGUCUACCUUUUCAGUUCCUUGGUUUCUUUGCCUCUACCUCAACUCAGUGUCACAGAGUGUUGCCAUUAGGCUCUUGGAUAUAUUUUUUCUAGAAGGCCCAAAAUUUCUUUUUUGGAUUGCCAUGGCUGUAUUGAAAAUCAACGAAUCCAAACUGAUAUCCAAGGGAAAAGACGAUGAUAUUUUUGUAGCGAUUUUGAAGGACUUUUUUACACGAUUGGGGUUGCAGGAUUCUGGACGAGAUUCUCCUGUUGCGGGUGCAGCACCCGACACGCAGCCAGAUCUGUCCUCUGCGACAGGUCGACCUUUGUAUGAUUUGCUGAUUUCAACUGCAUGCAAUACUCUUGGUCCUCAGAUCACGUCGGAACUCAUUGAAUCACUUCGUAUGCGGUACAGACUCAAAGUAGUACACCAGAUGGAGGACACGAAUCGCAAAUCACAAGUACGCACGCUCUGCGAGCAAGUCACACUUUCUUUUGAUGAGGUGUCUGCUGCAUACGAUGAUGUGAGAAGACUAGAGUUUAUUCAUGGCGGGGAAGAAGAAGAUCCAAACGGACCUGCGUCACUGUUAGCUGAGCACGGCAGAGCAGAGGAGGAAGCAAUGAGGUCUUUAUUAGCUAGUUUGGGCGGAUGGGGACUGGUAAGACAAAUACCCAGAGAAUCUUGUUCGCGCGGCGUACCGAUUCCUGAUGGACAUGGUAGUAUUGCUUUUCCUACUCCUGCAUCGAUGCAAAACCGAGUGCUACAGGAAGCAACUCAAGGAAAAGAUCAAAGUAUCAAGAGCAUCUGUUUAUACGAUUUUCGUAGUGUGUUUGACACGGUCAGUCCAUGGCAGUAUGGGAAACAGGAAUCGUUGCGUAUUUUUAAGCGGGAUACACACACUGACUAUAAUCACAGCUACUCUGGUGGUGCAUCGACAGCAUCUCGUAAGCCAGAUGAGAUCAAACCAAGGAAGCUCAGUAUAAAUGGGGAUCAAGCAUCUUCGUAUGCUUCCAACUCUGGCACUACUUGGCAGCUCAUAACAAGUGCCAGCGAUUUAUCACUUACUUUAAUUAAUCGUAUCUACUUUUAUUGCUCCUUUCAGUACCACUUUGUACAAAAACAGAAGCGAGGGCAGGCUGAAUCGGCAGCCGCUGCUCGACAACAUUCUCGAUCUAUACCAUCAGCUGAUCGACCUAAACCUAUCACCGAGACAGUUGAACCAGGAUUUGUUGUUGAUCUUGCAGCAAUGGUGCAUGUUCUUGAUGCCAUCAUGAAGCAGCCGUUGCAUUCACGAUUACGGUUUUUGUUUGAUAUGCACGAUUUGGAUGGAGAUGGAUUCUUGAACAAAAUUGAGCUCAAGGCCGUCAUGGAUUCGUUUUUGGAGAUGUUUGAAAAGUCGCGACGGGAUGCUAAAAUCAUAGAUGACGCUGCUGGUGGGAAUGGUGCACAUCUGAAUCCAAGCUUUGAGCCUGCAGAAGCAUCCAAAGGAACACCGUCUGUCAAAGCAGAGGAUGAAGAAACCUAUCUGCGUGCAGUAAGCUCGUUUCUGAAUGCUGCGCUCCAGAUGGGAAAUAACAAAGGGGACGGUACAAGUGGUGUUGCAAGCAGUAUAAACGGCAACAUGGGCUCUGCCCAUGGAAUGAAGCGUUCUUCCAGUGUUACACCCGAGUUGACACAUGGCGUGCGACCACCUGCAUUCACUACACACCGGCAAGAUAUAUUAGAAGAAAGCGAUUUAGAAGAAAGUGCUUCUAGUAUACACUAUGGCGGUACAGCAGCAGAUGUGUCGCGACGUAGUUGGCAGCCUGGAUCGCAUCCAGAAACAGUGCCCACACCGCCACAACCUGGAGCACAUUCUCUAUCCACUACUGGAUCGACCGCUUCAUCUUCUGCCAUCAAAAAGCAGCAAGCCAAUGAGCCCGCAUUUUGGCUAAGUUUCAACGAGUUUUUAUUAGCAGUCAUGUCGCAGAGUGUGUUUGUACAGUACUUUGAACGCACGUGGAGUAUCCAUAAAGACUCGUCUGGGAUUGUACGGGUGACGUGGUGUAACAAAGCAUAA